AUGAGCCACCAAGACCUCGCGCCAUUCCAGGUCCAACCAAUCCAAGACCCGACACACGUCUUGGCGCUACCCCCUGCAUUCGAGUGCACCCCGCACGAUGAACCCAAGUACUACCCGUGGCUUGGAGUCAAGGCAUACGAGACGUAUAUCAACGACAGCGAAUUCCUCUUCCCCAACCAAUGGUUCUCGGCACCAGCAGAAGACAUCCGGGAGACACAACGACGACAUAUGUACUUUACCUCCACCCGAACGGCACCCUCGCCGACACCGAACCCGCACCCUCAAGCAAAGACGAAGUUGAGCCAGAGUUCGAAACUGAGCUGUCCCUCGCAUCCCACAUCCGAUACGCCACUUUCAGAAGAAAGUGAUGACGAAGCCGACAUGGCACUGUCGGCCGAAGACUGCGACGCACGUACCAUCGAACACCGCAUCGUGAUCGGCUCCGGCGCCUCGGCACACAGGAGCGCGGCCGACCACUUGUAUGCCAAGGCGACAUGCAACCGCCAGGUCAUUGUCACCAACGGCGGAGCCACCGCGGCAAACGUAAUGGACAAGCUCAACACGAGCACAUCAACUCAGUCGACACUCACCUUGACGGACGUCGUGCUGAUCAUGGAACAACGAUGCUGUUGUUAG